AUGGCUAUGAUCGACAACAAUUUCAUUCGCCGGCAUGUCAAUUCUUCAGACUCAAUCAUCCUCAGGAGCAUCCCAGGGGGUAGUACAGUGCUCAAGGUUCCUAAAUUUGAUGUUGCGAUCAAAUUUGGUGGGGGUGUAACGGAGAAUGAGGCAAUUGCACAGGCGACAGCCUUUGCUGUGUUGGAUUCGGCCAUCAUACAUGUCCCAAAGGUCCUCCACUUCUACUGCGACUCGCGCACAGGUAUUGGAUAUCUGACCAUGGAAUGGAUCAAUGGUUCUCCCAUUGAUGUACAAGACUGUGUACAGGUCGAUGCUCUCCAAAUAGCCCUUGAUCAUUUGGCAUCUGUCAACAGGUCCUUUCCUAGACCAAUCAGUCUAGGCGAACCUCAGGGCAUACUCUGGGAAGAUGGUGCCCCAGACGAAUACCACACAGUUGAGGGACUAGAGAAUUGGAUCAACUUGUGGCAACCUACGUCCGUGGAUUUACGUGGAGAAGACUUUGUGCUUUGCCACCUGGACACCGCUGCAGAUAACAUGCUUUAG